ACGCGACGGCGGCCACCACAGCAUUUUUGAUUUCCGGAUUCCUCCCCUUCUCCGUUCCGUCCAUCCAUCCAUCCCGGAAAUAUCCCCAAACCCUCGCCUCCCCCUCCCCCCCGCCGCCGCCGGCGCGGCCGCCAGAUCUGCGGCCAUGGACGACGACGGCGGCGCGUCCCCGUCGUCCUCGCUCUCCCCGUCCCGCUCCCCGUCCCCACUCCCCGUUGCCGACCCCGUCACCGUCGCCGCGGCGCCCCCGGGCCACCUCGCCCUCGCCAUCCCCAUCCCCAAGCCCGGCUCCUCCUCUGGAGGUGGGGGAGGGGGAGGGGGAAGGGAGGACGCCUGGAGCGACGGCGCCACCUCCACGCUGAUCGACGCCUGGGGGGAGCGGUUCGUCGCGCUGGGGCGCGGCAGCCUCCGCCACCCGCAGUGGCAGGAGGUCGCCGAGGUCGUCUCCUCCCGCGACGGCUACUCCAAGCAGCCCAAGUCCGACGUCCAGUGCAAGAACCGCAUCGACACGCUCAAGAAGAAGUACAAGGUCGAGAAGGCCAAGCCGGACUCCUCCUGGCCCUACUUCCACCGCCUCGACACCCUCCUCGCCCCCGUGCACAAGCCCGCGGGCGCCUACCCCGCCGCCGCCGCCGCCGGGGCCGCGGGCGCGGGCAAUUCCGGCUCCAACUCCGCCGCCGCCGCUACCGCCGCCCGGAGCACCGCGCCCAUGGCGCCGCGCGUCAACUUCCCGCAGCGCACGCGCACGCAGUUCCUCCCCUCUUCCGGGGUGAAGCGGAGGAUGCCGUCGCCUCCCCAGGUAUCAGCGUCGUCGGAGUCGUCCGACGGGUUCCCGCCGGAGCCACCUAUGGCGGCCGCGAAUGGCAAGAGGCGGCGCGAGGUGGAGGAGGAGGUGAACGGUGCGGACAGCGGCCACCGCACGCAGGGCCUGCGCGAGCUGGCGCAGGCGAUCCGCCGGUUCGGCGAGGUGUAUGAGCGCGUGGAGUUGGCGAAGCGGGAGCAGGAGCUCCGGAUGGAGCGCGACCGCCUAGAGGCCGCCCGCGAGCUGGAGGACCAGCGCGUCCAGUUCUUUCUCAAGAUGCAGAUGGAGCUCUCCAAGGCCAACAAUGCUGGCGCCUCUGCUGCCGCUGCCGCAGUGGGUGCCGUUGCCACCGCCAUUGCUGCUGCCGAUGGCAAUGGCACGAGGAGAACCGCUAUGGCCACUGAUGUCGGUACCAGCAGCAAUCACCAUGUUCGGUACCGCUUCCAGGACAGCAGGCACUGCCAUGCUGCCCCGCAGCAGCCACAACACCAGUACAACGAGAACAAUGCCGCCGAAGCCGCCAGAGGUACCGGGAAUGGUAGCGAUACCGACAACAAAGAAGACGAGGAUGAGGCAGAGGACGAGGAGGACGAGAGCCAGUAAUGGCACCCGGUUUACAUCUUGAAAGAUUCAAGAAUUCGAUUUGUAUGAUUGUAUCAGUUAAUUGGCAUUGCCCUGGUGGUUAGAAUUACCUCCCAUUUAGGCUGUUCUGGGAGCAACAAAUGACAUCUGAGUACUAGUUAGCGUCGGUAUUAGCAACAAGGGGUAGCAUAGUUAUAUGGUUAUGUGCCUGUGCCUGUGGGUGUUGUGUAACUUGUAGCUGCUUGUUCAUGCUUGUGAUGCUGUGGUCUGAGCUAUGAUGCAACUGCCAUGUCCUGGCGAAUACUGCAUCGAUUGUAACCUGAUUGUUAUGUGACAAAAUGUUAGCCUUAUUCUGUGUCUGUUCUUGGAAAUCAGGAGCAUUGUCCUGAACCUUGAUAGUGUGGAGACGUGCCCCAUCAGUGUUCGAUUUUUCGCUUGCUGAGUAA